CUGGCCCGGGCGACUCGCAAUUCCUCUGUUCCAUUCCUCUAUCAGACUCGCACGCUCGCCGCGGUGCCCAAAUUGCGAUAUCAGCACCGGCAGCUCCAGAGUCAACAGAUUCAGUCAAUGUUAAUGUCAACCGAGGCGCAACAACAACAACAACAACAGUCACAGGAACAAUCACAGGAACAAAACGACAACACAGAAUACUCCAAACCUGACCCUUCAGCACAAGAAAGCACACCACCAGCACCCCGGCCCGGACGCCGCAGCUUCCUCAAGCGCAAGGCCGCCUCCGUAUCCUCCUUCGCUGCCCCAGCGCAAUCAUCCUUAAACCGACUCAAACCCCCUCCCCGCGCCUUGACAAUGAUGACGAACAGCGAGAAACAAGCCUUUGGCGAGAUGCUCGAGGCCCUUGGCGCCGGAGCCGAUCUCAAAUCCAAUAGCGCGUUACCCACAUUGUCCGCAUGGCCACCGCCGCCGCCCCAACCCUCAGCGCCUGGCAUCUCCGCCAUUUUCGAGUCCGUCCUCCAGGAUCUGAAGGAACGCAAGGCCCGGCAGCAGCGGCAAGAACAGCAAAAAUUGGAGAAACGGGGUCAAUCUUCCCUGGUGACCCCGUACUCGACCUCGUACCAUGCCGGGGGUGACGACCCGGCGGCAGGGGAUUUCAUCAACGCACAGCUGACGGAGUGGCUCACGCGGAACCUUGUCUCGACGGAGCGGGCGGUGGAGGCGGUGGUGCUGCGCGAGAGCCAUGUGAUCGAGACGGCGCUGCUGAGGGCGGUCAAGAGGAAGCAUGGGGACAGGAGGCUUUGGGAUGCUUGUCGCGAGAUGGUCUUUCCGCUCGUUCAUGCUUUGGAGGCGGAUGUGGGGGUGCAGCAUUCCGACACGAAGGCGGACGAAACGGAGCUUCAAGGGGAGAGUUCGUACAAAUUGGUUCUCCCCGAGGGCGUGCCUGUCUCCUCAGUCGUCGCCGAACUAUACCCCAAGAUGCUCCUGGCCGCCUUCCGCCUGCUGAACCUGCACUCCCCGGCGUCGACGCUAAUCGGCCAGUUCCGGUCCACCAUCCGCCUGAUGGGCCCCACGUCCGCCGUGCUGGGCGGCUCGACCGGGCUCUACAACGAGCUGAUCUACUUCUACUGGCGCGGGUGCCAGGACCUGCCGGCCGUGGUCGCCCUCAUGCAGGAGAUGGACGUCACCGGCGUGGAGCCGGACGCCCGCACGGUGCGGAUCCUGGGCUCGAUCGCCACCCAGCGCACGCGCGAUCUCAAGGCGCACUGGCAGCGGAAUAUCGGAUCGCUCCCUCGGCCGCGAAACCCGGCAGAGAAAGUGCGCGUCGGCCGCGAGACGUGGUGGGAUUUGGCGCCGAACCGCAAGGCUUUCCGGGCCUUGUACGACGACGAUGGGUGGGUCGCCAAGGUGAAAGCGCGGGUCGAAGAGCUGAGG